AUGCCAGCUGUGCAGGCGGGUAGGGUGCGGCAGAAGCUGCAGGCAGUGGAGAGUUUUGAGACGUCUCGAAACGAAAUUAUGCCACCCGUGCAGGCGGGUAGGGUGCAGCAGCAGCUACGGGCAGUGGAGAGGGAGUUGAACGCUCUAGGGGAUGCGCUCAUGGCGCUGAAAGGUGGGGAAAGCGGAGGAGCGGACACGGGUAAAGGCGUGAGCGGGAGAGGGAUUGGGAGAGGGCGUGGGAGAGGGCUUGGGAGGGGGUCUGGAGCAGGAGGAGCGGCGAAGGGGAAGAGCGCGAAGGUUACCGGAUUUGGAAUUUCUGACAGCAGCAGUGGGCAGGCUGCAAGGGAUGAGGAUGAAAUGAGGGAGAAGAAGGAAAAGAUUAAGGACACGAGCAAGGAUGAAGGUGAUGGUGCGGGUGAAGAGAAGAAGGGUGCUGAUAUUGCUACUAUUGUGGAAGGGGAUCGCGACCGUGUCGCACUCAAAAUAUCUGGCAGCCAGGCGGACGGCACAGCAAGGAGCCUAAACCUACAGGCGACCGGGACUGGCAAGAUCUCACAGGCAGACAGUACCGCUAGGAACCUCCAGCUGGCGCUGACAGAGGAGCGCGUGAAGAGCCUCCUGAAACUGCGCAGGCAGCUGCAGGCUCAGCUGGGGGAGGCUCAGAUGGGGGAGGCUCGACUGGGGGAGGCUGGGCCUGGGGGAAGGCUGGCUGGUGGCGGAGAGGGAGAGGGGAGAGGAGGGAGGCAGAGGGGAGGGGGGGAAGGAGGUGGCGGGGAGAGGAGGAAGCGGAGGAGGGUUGUGAGGAGACCGCUUCCUGGUAAGGCGUGGAGAGAAGGGAAGGGGGAUAGGAUGGUGGAGGUGGGUGUGGAUGGGGUGGAGGGUGGGGGAGGAGAAGGGAAGAUGGAGAGCUGGGAUGCUGAUGAGGUAGGGGGGAUUCUAGGGGACGAAAUGGGUCUGGGAAAGACUGUGCAGGUAGCUGCGUUCCUAGCCUCGCUGCUACGUUCGGGGCUGUACCGCCCAAGCCUGCUGGUCUGCCCCGUCACGCUGCUUCGGCAGUGGCAGAGGGAGGUUCGGAUCUGGUGUCCGGAACUGAAUCCGGUGAUUUUGCAUGACUCUGGGGGAAUUGGAGAGGCGGAUGGGGAGGAGGCGGAGGAGGAGGAGGAGGGGGGGGGAGAGGAAGAGGGGAGAGGGGGAGGUUUGGCCCGAGGCAACAGCCUCGUCAUCACCACAUACGAGCAGGUUCGGUUGCGGCGAGAGCUGUUCCUGGCCGUUGAUUGGGGGUACGCGAUACUCGACGAGGGCCAUCGGAUCAGGAACCCUGAUGCAGACACCACGAUUGCAUGCAAGCAGCUGCGCACGCCGCACCGCCUGCUGCUGAGCGGAUCGCCGAUUCAGAACCGGCUGGACGAGCUCUGGUCGCUCAUGGACUUUCUCCACACGCCCCACCGCCUGCUGCUGAGUGGAUCGCGGAUUCAAAACCGCCUGGCUGAGCUCUGGUCGCUCAUGGACUCUGUCUACCCUGGCAGGCUGGGCACGCUACCAGUGUUCUCAACAGAGUUUGCUCUCCCCAUUGUGAUUGGUGGAUACCUCAACGCCCAACACCCUCCUCUUUCCCCCUCCCCCCUUCUCCCACCCCAACGCCCAUUCACGGAGGUCAGGCUGGGCACGCUACCAGUGUUCUCAACAGAGUUUGCUCUCCCCAUAGCCAUUGGUGGAUACCUCAACGCCACUCCCCUGCAGGUCGCCACGGCUUACAAGUGUGCCGUUGUGCUUCGAGACGUCAUCCUUCCAUACCUGCUCCGGAGAGUCAAGGCGGACGUUGACAUUCAAUUGCCAGAAAAGACGGAACGCGUGCUGCUGGUGCCUAUCACUAGAUUCCAACGAACGCUGUACCGCGCGUUUCUGCAGAGCGAGGAGAUGCGGCAGAUUCUGGAGCGGUAUCGAAACAGCUUCUCCAAGCUGCAAGUGCUGGAUAAGAUACUCCAUGUGUGGAAAGCUGAAGGGCACAGGGCGCUGGUUUUCUGUCAGACGCAGCAGAUGCUGGAUAUAGUCGAAUCCCUCGUGCUCAACUGUAACUUUGGAUACAGACGAAUGGACGGCAGCACGCCGCCCGGGCUGCGGGCGGCGCUGAUCGACGAGUUCAACAGCGGGGAGGGCGGCGUGUUUGUCUUCUUGCUGACCACUAGGGUGGGCGGAUUGGGAACAAAUCUCACGGGGGCCAAUCGGGUCGUGAUAUUUGAUCCUGACUGGAACCCCUCGACGGACUUGCAGCCGACCGGAUUCGGAUGGAUUGUGAAGCAGCGGCGGUGGCAGCACGAGCAGAAGCAGCUCUCCGCCAAUCACAGCGCGACCGAGCCUCCAGUGACGUUUCCGAACCUACCUGGACCGGCAGGUCUGGCCAGGCUGGUGUUCCAGCCAGGGGGGGGCGGAGGAGGUUUGGUUCGGCGAGCACCAACGCUAGCAGCAGGUUCGGGAGUGGACGAGGGGAUGGGGGAGGGGUGA